GGCAGUCGUCACCACACAUCAGUGGCCAAGCAGCACCGUGUAGAGGAGAGUACUUCGUGGGUGGGGAUACUUUAGUGUCAAAUUAGUGCUUUAUUCAUCACAAUGGCAAAAUUACCACUAAGUAUACAGGCCAUUGAGACAAGCUGCUGCGUGACGGUGCCUCCCAGGAAGAAGCAAACCCUAUAUUCAACAUGGAUAUGGAUCCUGACAUUCCUUAUAUACUGCAGCUACCACAUGUCUCGCAAGCCCAUCUCUGUGGUGAAGAAUGUACUCUAUCAAAACUGUACACUUGUGAAUGAAACUAUAAAUGGCACCUACUGGUGUGAUUGGAAGCCUUUUGAUAAUGAGAAUGCACCUACUCUUCUAAGCACAGUGGAUUCAUCUUUCCUGUUUACUUAUGCUUUUGUCAUGUUCUUCAGUGGGUUCGUAGCUGAAAGAAUGGACCUACGGCUGUUCCUCUCCGGUGGCAUGGUGCUCUCAGGAGUUUUUGCUUCCAUGUUUGGGCUUGGUUACUUUUUUGAAAUUCACACUCUCUGGUACUACAUUCUUGUACAGGUAUUGUGUGGUGUGGUACAAACAACAGGCUGGCCGGGAGUUGUUACUUGCCUUGGAAACUGGAUUGGCAAGGGAAGGAGAGGAUUGAUCAUGGGUAUCUGGAACUCUCACACCUCUGUGGGUAACAUCUUGGGAACAGUCAUUCCAGCAGCCUUUGUCAGCUACAACUGGGGCCUCUCCUUCAUCGUCCCAGGCAUCAUCAUUGCCAGUGUGGGGGUGUUGGUGUUCUUCUUCAUGGUGCCAGAACCCACACUGGUUGGUCUCCCUAAUCCAAAUAAAAAGGAGCUUGAGGGUGCUUCUCUUCCCCAUAGAAGGAGAAGACAGUUGCUACGAGAUUUUGCUGACACAUCUGAUGAAGAAAGUGCCUCCUUGAUGAGCCAUGAACAGGAGGUAUGCUAUGAUGACAAGACAAAGGAGGCAUGUGCUGAGGCCCAGGGAAACAAGGAAGAAAAGGCCAUUGGAUUUCUGCAGGCUCUUGCCAUUCCUGGAGUUGUUGAAUUUUCCUUCUGUUUGUUUUUUGCUAAGCUUGUAUCUUACACAUUUCUCUACUGGCUACCAAACUACAUCCUCAAUAAGACCUCCUAUAGUGCAGAAGAGAGUGCCAACCUGUCCACCUUUUAUGAUGUGGGUGGCAUCAUUGGGGGCAUCCUGGCAGGUUUGGUGAGUGACUUCUCAGGCAUGUCAGCAUCUACUUGUGCUGUAAUGCUGAUUGCUGCCAUCCCCAUGAUGUUUGUGUACCAAGUCUUCUGCACAGUGUCUCUGGGGAUAAACAUCUUCCUUCUGGUGUUGGUGGGCAUCCUGGUGAAUGGACCAUAUGCACUCAUCACCACUGCUGUGUCUGCUGACCUGGGCACUCACCAGUCUCUCAAGGGAAAUGCCAAAGCUUUAGCAACAGUAUCAGCUGUUAUUGAUGGCACUGGCUCUAUAGGUGCUGCUCUUGGGCCACAGAUAGCUGGUCCCAUCUCAAUCUACGGCUGGGAAUAUGUAUUUGACAUGCUGAUGGCAGCUGACCUGCUGGCUUUGCUACUGCUGACUCGCCUGGUGAUGAGGGAUAUACAGGGUUGGCUCAGCAGACGAAGAGUGGGGUACAAUGUCAGUAUUUGAUAAACAGUUGGUCUUCAUUUUCAUUCUUCAGACGUUGAUGUAAAUAUGAUCACAUUGACUUGAUGAUGUGCCGAGUGAACCAUGAAGGUUUAUACCAAGUUUGCCAUUGACAUCAUAUAUGCCUUCAUCUAUGUAUAUAAUGUAUAAAUGUAUAUGUGCAGUUUUAUCAUAAUUAGUUUGGCUUGGAAUUUUGCACAUCUCUGCACUGCUAUGCACUAAGUGCAACUGAUGUAAAAUAUUGAAAUCAAUGACAUGGUGCAUAUAUUUUUAUAUGUAAUUAAUUACUCAAGACAUUUUUUAUUAGGUGUGAGCAUGUAGUGAUAGUUGUUAGUGUCUGGCCUCUUAGUGGGGCACAGUGAUAUGCAGUGUUUUGAAUGAAAUCCAUGUGUAAAUGUUGAAUUUUGAGAUGUAUUUAUUUAAAAAAAAUUAUAAAGAUAAAUUAAG